AUGGCAGCCGAGCCACUCACGGAGCUGGAGGCGGCCAUUGAGACAGUGGUCACCACCUUCUUCACCUUUGCAGGGCGGGAAGGCCGGAAGGGCAGCCUCAGCGUCAAUGAGUUUAAGGAACUGGUCGCUCAGCAGUUGCCUCACCUGCUCAAGGAUGUGGGCUCCUUAGAUGAGAAGAUGAAGAGCUUGGAUGUGAAUCAAGACUCAGAACUCAAGUUCAGCGAGUACUGGCGACUGAUUGGGGAGCUGGCAAAGGAGAUUAGGAAGGAGAAGGCCCUGGAGGUCCGGAAGAAGUGA